AUGUCAUCCUUUUUCGGCGGUUCAAGUGUCAGCGCGGCAGGCUCCGCUGAUGUCGAGCAAAGAAAGCAGGCUGUCAUGAACAGCAUCCGCCAAGAACUCGCCAUGUCAAGUGUACAGGAGUUAAUUACCAAAAUCAAUGAAAAGUGCUUCAAACAAUGUAUCACAAAGCCAUCCACGUCUCUAUCGGGGUCGGAGGAGGUUUGCCUCGAGAGGUGUCUUGGGCGUUAUAUGGAAGCAUUCAACAUUGUCAGCAAGGUCUACACGCAGCGUUUGGCCAAAGAACGUGCUGAACAUCCAGAACUUAACUGA